UAGACUCAGUCAGUCCUCAAAAGACUUUCAUCUCCUCAAACCAAAACUCAUCAUAUCAGAAACCCAUUCUCUCUCUCUCUCUCUCUCUCUCUCUCCUCAAGACAUGGGCAACUACGUUUCUUGCACCCUAUCAACCCAAAUAGCCAAGAACAGCAAAGCAGCCACCAAAGUCAUCGUCCCGAGCGGCGAAAUCAAGCAAUUCUAUGUACCAAUGAAAGCUGCAGAGCUCAUGCUUGAGACCCCAAACUUCUUCCUUGUAAACACAAAGUCCCUCCAUAUUGGAAGAAGAUUUUCAGCUCUCAAUGCUGAUGAAGACUUGGAGAUUGGUGACGUGUACGUCAUGUUCCCCAUGAAGAGGCUCAACUCUACCGUGACGCCAGCCGAUAUGGGCGCCUUGUUCCUCACCGCCAGCUCGGCAGCCAAGCGUCUUUCGGGCAGAAACGUGAGGGUGCAGCCGGCUGAGGAUCAGUCCGGGGAACUUGCUGAUGAUGAGGAGGAUAAUAAAAGGAUGGAGAAUUGGCGGGAAAAUCUUGAACAUGAGGCCGCGAAGCCGAAGUUGAAUUUGGAUGAUAUUGAAGAUUUCUCGGCGCCGGAGUUCAUGCACAGGGUGUCUAUGUGUAGGUCAAAAAAGCCAUCGUUGGAGACUAUAGCAGAAGAGCCUGUUUCUGUUUGCUCCAGGUGAUCAUGGCACAGUAGGGUUAUUUAUGUAAUUUUGACUAAGCUGAUCUCUUUUAUAAAUUUUAGCAAGGGAAGGAGAUAUAUAUUAAUAUUGUAGAAAAGUGGUGUGUGUAUUACAAAACUUAAUAAAGGCAGGAAGUU